ACACUGUAUCACUCGAUGAUUAUAACUAUGAUGAUGUUACAAAUAUGGCAGUAUAGAUAGGCAUUUGCUUCAUAUGUAAACAAUUUUACAUACUUUUCAUAAAGCGGGAGACCAAAUCCAGUGAUAAAAUCUGCAUUAUAUAAUUAAAAAAACAGAGUGUAAAUGAACCUUGCUUGAGCAAAUUAAUUUUCUUCUUUGCAGUUUCACCAUGGAGCCCAACUAUGACUUCCUUUACCUUUAUGAUGGUUCAGACAGUAACAGUCCUUUGAUCGGAAGCUUUCUAGAUAAUAAGCUGCCUGAACGGAUCGAAAGCAGUUCAAACAACAUGCACUUAGCUUUUCGGAGUGAUGGUUCUGUCAGCUUCUCUGGAUUUCAUAUUGAAUAUAAAGCAAAACUACGAGAAUCGUGCUUUGAUCCUGGGAAUGUCAUGAAUAGUACCAGACUGGGAAGUGACUUUAAACUGGGAUCGACUGUUACAUAUUACUGCGAUGCUGGCUAUGUGCUCCAAGGUUAUUCAACUCUUACCUGUAUUAUGGGAGAUGAUGGAAGACCUGGAUGGAAUAGAGCUUUGCCAAGUUGUCAUGAUGAUUAUGUAGAUAAUUACAGAAUAAAGCCUGAAAAGCACAAAGAAUUAACAAAACAUGUUUACACGCAAUGGGGUUGA